AAGAAGAAGAAGAAGAAGAAGAAGAAGAAGAAGAAGAGACGGGAUUUUGCGACAUUUCCGGUUGCUGCCUUUUCGUUUUACUUUACGACAGUUGUGACAAACCAGAAGUGUCAACCACUGGCUGCAGAGUUGUUUGGAAACACAGGUGAUGCCUUUCAUCUAAAGAGAAGCAGAAAACGAAAUGACCUGAGAUACGCCAACUUUACGACUGUCAUAGAAGGACACGACGAUAACCACGAUGCGAGAAACAACAAUACAUUUUUGACAGCUUUCGUUCACAACGCUGGCGAUCUAGCUAAGCUAACUAGCUAAGCGAAGCCAGUUUGUCAGCUUUCGACCUGGGGAACAUGUUUUGAGUGCGAGCAUUCCAUGUGACGUCCUUGUACUCUAAACAUAAGCACCCUGGGUGCAGUCUUCAGACGCCGACGCAUAGCUGGGCUUCCAUUAUUUAAACGCACAAUGUGGUUACAGCAAAGACUAAAGGGGCUACCGGGCUUGUUGUCAAGCAGCUGGGCGAGAAGACUCCUAAUAGGACUACUGCUUUUUCUCAUAUUCUACUGGUACCUGGGAGCAGAGCACAGACUGAGGUUCUUUGGCGGUCCGGCCAUGCCCGGAGGGGCGGCGGGACAGUGCCUAUUGGCUGAAAUCCACAGGUGGAACUCUCUGGUGGAGCGGGGAGAGGGGAUAUAUAGCACACCUCAGGAACAACUAGAUACACCCUUUGUAUCAGGUAACGGACAUAUUCUGAUUGACAUUGACUCUAAUAAACUGUGGGUAGCGUCGUCUUCACAGCCCGGCUCGGCUCCGGUCCACCAGACUGAAUAUUCACCGAGGGUCGGCAUCCAUCUGGAGGGGAAGCGGGCCGAGACUCAGGCUACCAUGCUGUGGUUUCGUAAAGGAGCCGUUCUGUCGGUCCGCUGUGCCUCACCAGCCGCCCUGCAGUCAUCUCGGGAUUGUGUCACCAUCAGAGAGGAGUUCAUAGCACACAGAAGCAAACCCAACGUGUAUCUCCAGAGAAUCCAUAUAAACAACCCAUCUGACCGGGCUGCAGCCAUGGAUGUUUCCUCUGAAAACCCCUCCUUUGGUAGCAAGUUCUCAACCAGUGUGGAGAAACUGGAGGACAGAGAGGUAGUGCUUUCCUCUGGUAGAGUGCCAGUGGAGAAUAACCGGCUGGUGCUGGUGGUGGUGGUCACCAAGAUGCUGAACAGCAGGAUCCAGGUCGCUGCUAAAUCGGAUUAUUCAGACAACAUCCUAUCAGUGGUGUGGACCUCAGAGCCCAUUGAGUCCUCCAAGCUGGAGGAGACCUUCAGCAUCCUCCGAGAUGGAGCCAAAAAGGAGCUGGUGGAGCUGCUGAGGGCUGAUGUGGACAAACUGGUUGUUGAUCACCAGCAGGCCUGGAUGGACCUCUUCAUUUCAGGUGUUGAAAUGAGGAAGAUCACAGACUCCCACACACCAUCGAGCCAGACGGUGAACACCACCCUCUACUACAUCCUGUCCUCCUCCACAGCUCCCCUGUUGGAUCGAAGGGUGAGCGGCGAGGAGCGCAGUCACCUUGAGUCCAGCCUCAAUUACGCCGAUCACUGCUUCAGCGGCCACGCCACCAUGCACGCAGAGAACCUGUGGCCUGAGCGGGUGAGCAGCACUGCUCAGAUCCUGCAGCUGUUCACAUUGUGGACUCUGACUCUACAAAAGAGAGGCUGCAAAGUGUUGGUGGCAGCUGGAGCCCACGGCGCCAUGCAGGGGAUGGUGCUCAGCUUCGGCGGCCUCCAGUUCACAGAGAACCACCUACAGUUCCAGGCUGAUCCAGACGUUCUGCACAACAGUUAUUCUCUGAGAGGGAUCCACUACAACCAGGACCUCAUAAAUCUAGCAGUGCUGCUGGAUGUGGAGGGGAAGCCUUUUCUCCACGUGUCUGUGAAGCAGCAGGAGAAGCCAGUGAAGCUGUAUGCCUGCGAGGCCGGCUGCCUUAACGAGCCAGUGGAGCUUACUUCAGAGUUCAAAGGUCAUACCUUCCCUGUGAUGGUGACGCAGCCCAUCACACCACUGCUGUACAUCUCCACAGACCUGCGCCACCUGCAGGACCUGCGCCACACCCUGCACCUUAAGGCCAUCCUUGCUCACGAGGAGCACAUGGCCAACCGCUACCCAGGCCUGCCUUUCCUGUUCUGGUUCAGUGUGGCCUCACUCAUCACACUCUUCCACCUUUUCCUCUUCAAGCUAAUAUACAACGAGUACUGUGGCCCGGGUGCUAAACCCCUCUUCAGGAGCAAGGUCGCCGUGAAAGGUGAGGAGCGCUGCUGUGACACCGGGAAUGCUGCUUGAACACUACAGUGCUAUGCGCACAUUCAACACGUAGUGGUUCUGCUUGAGCUUUGGCAGCAUGAGAGAUAUUAACAUGGGUGUGUUGGUGCUGAAUGACAUCACCCACAGAUCUGCUGUGAAAAUUGUAACGGCAUGUAGGUAAAAACUGGACAUCUACGUUGCUUUAAAACCAGAGAUCUGGAACGAUGAUUGUUAAUCAUCAUGAUAUCACGAUGAUGAUUGCUGUCAUCCUUGAUUAAUUAAAAUGUCAGAAUGGCCAUGACAAUUUCCAAAGUUUACAUGUUUAUAUGUCUUUUGUUUUGUCUGACCAACAGUCCAAAAGUACCAGGAUGAAUGUACCAGUUGUAUUUUUAAAAAGAAUAUGUGUAGAAUAUAUGUAGAAUAUUAAGACUACAACAUUUUAAAGGAACUGUUCAUCCAGAAAUGAACAUUCAGUCAUUUUAUAUUUAACCGCAUGCAGACUACAAGUUCUGUAGUCCAUGAAACAGUUCUGGAGCAUCAAAGCAGAAUGGCAUUGCAGCUUCCUUCUACACAACUAAGGUAAAUGGGGACUUGAUUGAAAAAUGUAAAAAACAACCAAGGAAAAACAUGAAAUGGCUCCAUACAACUCAGAGAUCUAAAAUUGAUCUGAAAAGACAUUAUUACACUUUUUUUAAAGCCAAAAUCAUACCUAAGCUAAAAGCAUAUUUAGUGUGUUUUUACUGGAAAACAAAAUUAUGCCAGAUGAGCUGUACAACCGUGCCCAAAAUGAUGUUACAGAUACACAGCCUGGUCGUGUUGCAUCUCCAAACAGAACACUUCAAUCUAACCCCAACUUCCAAAAACUGAGUCAAAACCUGUUAACUGUGAAGAGUAGAAAUAGUUGUUGGCGUAACUUGUUGCACCCAACAAGACUAACAGUCUACAGCCAUGGUAGGAACUCUGUCAGCGUGCAAACAGUGAUAGCAUUAACAUGAUGAUAUUUAGCAGGUGAUGUUUACCGUGCUGACCACUUAGUGCAGCAUGCUUGUAUGAUCACAUUUGCUAAUUUAGAGCAGUCAAAGUCAGUGAAUAUCUGUACAAUAUUUCAUGGUUUUAUUGAAGAGAUAUUUAAAUCUGGACUGGUGUUGGACUGACCUGUGACAGUGUGACAACAAUUACAACAGGACAGAAGAUAACACAACACAAAACCUGUGUUGACAAGACAAGACCUCAAGCUGUUGAACUGGUCUCCACCUGUGGGAUGUAACAGAACAUUUCAGAUCUAGGGAUGCCCCACCUGGCAACCCACAGGACAGAAAUGAUCCACUGCUGACACCUUGGUGCCAGAAACUACAGGACAUCCCAAGGUGUGUCCAUGCCUCCAUAGUGGGGCAUCCAUGGAUUGGACUUGUUAAAGCUUCUCAAGGCAUCCUUGCACCUUGAGCUCUUUGUCAUGUUCCUUUGGCCAUUCUUGAGUAGUUUUUGCGAUGUGGCAGUGCGCAUUGUCUUGCUGGUAGGGCCACUGCUGUUGUGGAGUGCAUUUACCAAGAUGGGGUAAACUUGGUCUGCAUUAGUAUUUGGGUGGGUGAUCCACAUCCACAUGAAUGCCAGGGACCAAGGUUUCCUGGAAAUGGUGACUUCCAUGGCUAUGGGUCUGUUUGUUUGUGCAGAGACAGCAGUCAAAACAAGGGCAGUCAGAUAAUUCAUAAACGAACCAAAACUUAGUCCAAAGAGAAAACAAAGACAAGCAAAACAUUUAUGACUACACCCUAUGUUUUAAACAUCCAUCAGUUCAGUUAACUUCCUGCUUCUACUUUGACCAUAUAUGAAGGUGUGAUGUGCAAUGAGUUCACUUUUUCUUUUUGUUCACCUCCAAACAAAAGUGUUCUAAUAUGUUGGUUCAUAAAGGUGAGCUAUGUAGUUUUGGGGAAGAAAUAUUAGUGAGAAGACUUGGUUGAUUUUUUUCUGCCUAAAACAAUCUCAAUAAUCAAACUCUCUUUGUUUUCAUGACUGAAACUCUCGCCAAAAAGCAACCUUGG